AUGUCGAUACCCAUCUCGUCACUUCUCACCAAUGGCACUCCCGCUCCUCCACGCGAUCGAUGGACCUACCUUGACCGCGCCUUAUCGACCACGUCACCGUAUGCCGGAGAAGAGUUCGUGCCUGGAGAAGAAACAGUCAACGCCCUAGAGUCAUCACGAGUCUUGGUCAUCGGCGCCGGCGGGCUAGGAUGCGAGAUUCUGAAGAAUCUCGCCCUGUCCGGCUUCAAGGACAUCCACGUCAUCGACAUGGACACCAUUGAUGUGUCCAACUUAAACCGUCAAUUCCUCUUUCGGCAUUCCGACGUGGGUAAAUCCAAAGCCGAAGUCGCCGCAGCAUUCGUAGAGAAACGUGUUCCGGGUGUCAAGAUCACUCCCUACAAUGGUAAGAUCCAGGACAAGGACGAACAAUACUACAUGCAAUUCAAGCUCGUUAUUUGCGGACUCGACAGCAUUGAAGCCCGCCGCUGGAUCAACGCCACACUGGUCGACAUGGUCGACAUGGAAAAUCCCGAAUCCCUCAAACCACUGAUCGAUGGCGGCACCGAAGGAUUCAAAGGCCAAGCGCGAGUCAUCCUCCCCAGCCUCACAUCGUGCAUAGAGUGCCAACUAUCCAUGCACGCUCCCCGCGCCGCUGUGCCCUUGUGCACACUGGCCACCAUCCCGCGCCAACCUCAACACUGCAUAGAGUGGGCGCACAUCAUAGCCUGGGAAGAGCAACGCAAGGGUGAAACCCUUGACACCGACGACCCGGAACACAUCUCGUGGUUGUAUACAACGGCCCUGAAACGUGCCAACGAGUUCAAUAUCACCGGGGUGACGUACUCGAUGACUCAGGGCGUGGUGAAAAACAUCAUCCCCGCAAUCGCCUCUACAAAUGCUAUUAUCGCGGCGAGUUGCUGCAAUGAAGCAUUGAAGAUCGCGACGGGUUGUGCGCCAUUUCUAGAAAACUACAUGAUGUACACGGGCGACUCCAACGAGGGAGGCCUCUACACGUACACGUUUGCGGCGGAAAAGAAAGAGGACUGUCCUGUGUGCGGCAACCUCGCCCAAACGCUCACCAUCGACCAAGAGUGGACGUUGGACGAGUUCCUGGCAAGUUUGGCGGAGAGGGCCGAGGCACAACUCAAAAAGCCGAGUAUCAGGACCGGGGCGAGGACCUUGUACGUUCAGGCCCCAAAGAGCCUGGAGGAGCAGACGAGGCCCAAUUUGGGGAAGAAGAUGAGGGAGUUGGUGGGCGAUGGGGAGGAAGUUGGCGUCAGUGACGCGGCGUUUAUGAUAAGUUUCAAGUUUCGGCUGGUGUUCAAGCAGUGA